UUCUCGCUCUCGGCUCGGCCGCAGCCUCCGAUGUCAACAACCCCGACCAGUGCAGCUCGGUCGACGCGGCACUCUUCGCCGUCCGCAAUGUGCACCGCACCCCGAAUGUGGCUGACGGCAGGACCCCGCACUCUCGCACCGCACCGCGGAGCUCGAGGCGCGCGAGCUCGAGAAGCGCGCAUGCUGUGGCCGCUGCUCGGGCAAGUGCACGACGGGGCAGAAGAAGGCCGCCGUAACCAAAGGCAACGGGUGCGGGCCUGCGGGGUGGUGGAACAAGGUCGUGCCGGAGUUGAUCUUCAACGGAUGCUGCAACACGUGAGUGUGACUCCAGGGCUCACUGACGCCAGCCACGAUAUGUGCUACACCAAGUGCGGGACGACUAAGGCCAGCUGCGACCAGGCGUUCGCGGGAUGCAUGCGCGGCCGCUGCUAUGCCCAGUACGGCAAGCUGAAUCCCGUGCGAUACGUGUGCACGGAUCUGGCGGAUAAGUACGCUUCGGCUGUGGUGGUGGGCGGAUGCCCCGCGUUUAAGAGCGCGUCGAAGCGGCACUGUGGCUAGUUAUAGAAAUUGGAAGUCAUGGCAGAGGGUCUGCCACAGUCUAUUG